AUGGCUGAGACAACGCAGCAGAAGGCGCAGCAAGAAGUCCAGCAAUUCAGCGAGUUCUACAAGGAGCGCAACGCAGAUUUCCGACCGAACCCGGUCACACACCUUAGAUAUGAUAGUUUGACUAUCAACUUUACAAAUGCGGGCUCCUUGACCCGUGCAAUCCGGCGUGGAAAGCAUGUGGAGCCGCUGUGCAAGAUCCUGCCUUCCUGUGCAAUGGUACCGGUGAAGGCUGGGUUGCCAGAUGCCAUGAUGCCUGCGCGCUACCCCUCAGAGCCGAACCUUGCAGUAGAGGCCAGAUCGGAUCCAGGCUCCUUGAAGAGGAGGACCUCCGACUCUGACCUCUCACGCUCGUCACAGCAGCAGCCUGAGCCCACGGUGCCUAUGCACUGGCCAUGUGCAGCACACUUCGAGCGCCCGAGUCACAGCAGACGCAGCAAGGGUGCGCGACGCCAUCGCAGACUGGCAAAGGCAAUGGAAGCUGCCAACUUCAAGCUUCCGGCCUCCCAGGAAGUCGGCUGCCACCAGCCGCGGCCUCCAAUCCGAAAGGGCAACGAGCUGGGACCGUACCUCAACCCUUUCCUGACUCGUUUCCACGACCGUCGUCCAGGAGGUGGUUUCUUUGCUGGGAGCGGCUUAGCCGCUGGCAAGCUGACUGCCCUGCCGCCGGCGACUUCGCAGUGA